UUAGCCUCCUAACACGAUGCAACGGAUUCUCCGCCCGUUCCGAUCAAAGAAGCAACCCGCCCCAGAGCUUUCAACGUCUCCGCCGUCAUCAAUCCUAGGCUUACAGGUGGUAGCUGAGGGUAUAAACCCCAUCGUCGACAUUGUCGCCGUCCACGGCCUCAACGGACACCGCGAGAAGACGUGGACGGCAAACAACGGCAUCAAUUGGCUCUAUGAUCUCCUCUCAGCUGACAUCUCAAAUGCGCGCAUUUUCUGCUGGGGAUACGAUGCGAAUACCCAUGGCAGCCGCGUUAGCUGCCAAUACCUGUAUGACCAUGCGAGGUCGCUGGUUUCAGAUCUUUGCCUUAAGAGGAAGCGCACAAAUACAACACAACGGCCGAUAAUUUUUGUAGCACAUUGUCUUGGCGGGAUUAUCGUAAAAAGUGCUCUUAUCCACUCAGACGCGGCGCGACAAAGAGCACUAGAAGAACAUCGGUCAAUCAAAAUGUCAACGUAUGGAAUCCUGUUCAUGGGCACACCUCAUCAAGGUGGCAACGGAGUGCAGCUAGGAAAGCUACUGGUCAAUGUGGCGUCCGUGUUCGUGGCGGCAGAUGACAGACUGAUGAAGCAUCUGGACCGAGACUCUGAAUUGCUCCAGCAGCAGAUUGGGCAGUACGGGCCAAUCAGUAAGGAAUUCGUGACGAAGUUUGCAUAUGAGGAGUAUAAGACCCCAACAGUAUUAGGCCAUUCUAUUAUGGUGGUACCGCGAGCAUCGGCAGUAGUGCCUGGUGAGGCCGAUGCAGAACCGAUCGCCAUACACGCGGACCACAUUAACAUGGUUAAGUUUGCUUCGAAGGAAGAUAGCGGUUACGUGACUGUGUCGGGCCAUUUACAGAUAAUGGUUCAAAGUGCAGGGGAUGUUAUCAGUCUGCGAUGGGAAGAAGAAGGCAGGGUUACUAUCGCUCGCUCCAAUUUUGCAGAGAGCUUCUCCGUCCCCUUUAACCUGUCUGGGGCCUCGAAGACUAACUAUUUUGUCGCGCGACAAGAAGAGCUAAACGACAUUCACAAGACGCUUAGCGACAGUACUGGCCGUCGAGUGGUUACUCUCUAUGGCUUAGGUGGGAUUGGUAAAACCCAGCUAGCAAUUGCAUAUGCUAUGGCGCGCCGUAACGACUAUUCAGCGAUAUUCUGGCUAAACAUCAAAGAUAAAGUCUCAGUAAAGCAGAGCUAUUAUCAGAUUGCAGGACGGAUCUCCCAAGAACAUCCAUCGGCCCGCCAGUUAAGUGGGAUUACGGAUGACAGCCAGAGAGACGAUGUAGUGGCAGCGAUACCGGCCAUUACAGACCCCAAUGCGGUGGAAAUCCAACCAUUUCUCCCUAACCUAGACCACGGCUCAAUUAUUGUUACAACAAGGUCCUCAAGGGUGAAUAUAGGUCGCCGCAUAAGGGUAGGCAAGCUAAAAGACGUACGCGACAGCCUACAGAUCCUGUCUAAUGCGUCACAUCGAGAAAGUACAAUGAAUGAUCCUGCUGCGACUGAACUUGCGAAAGAGUUAGAUGGACUUCCUCUAGCCUUGGCCACAGCGGGGGCUUAUCUAGACCAGGUGUCGACAAGCUUUGCAGAUUACCUUCGUUUGUAUAAAGCAUCGUGGCGAAAGCUGCAGAAAACGAGUCCCCAAAUUAGCUCGUACGAAGACAGGCAGCUAUACUCGACAUGGCAGCUGUCCCUAGACCAUAUCAUACUGCAAAACAAGCACUCUGCAAUGCUGCUACGACUAUGGGCAUACUUUGAUAACCAAGAUCUAUGGUUUGAGCUCCUGCAAGAAGGGAGAUCUAGCGGGCCAGAAUGGCUUUAUCAAAUAACAGAGGACGAACUGAGUUUCACUGAUACAAUGCGGGUACUGUGUGACUAUGGACUUGUGGAAGUUGACAAGUCUUCACGAAAUGAAGUAGAGCUAAAGGGGUAUGGAAUGCAUAGCUGUGUACAUUUCUGGACGGCCCAUAUGGUAAAUGAAAAGUGGGAUUCAGAACUAGCAGGUCUUGCGCUAGAGUGUGUGGCCAGGCACGUGCCAGAGCACAAUGCUCAGAACUCAUGGGUUACUCAGCAACGGCUUCUGCGACAUGCAGGCAGGUGUUGGGAGUCUAUUGCUCAAGGCAAAUUAGAUGAUAACGGGAUAGAAUGGGCUCUUCAUAGCUUUGGAUACAUGUUCUCGGUUCAGGGAAGACUUGGCGAGGCAGAGAAGAUGUACCAGCGGGCCCUGCAAGGCAAAGAGAAGGCAUGGGGACCAGAGCACACAUCAACACUCGACACGGUCAACAACUUGGGCAGCCUCUACGCGGACCUAGGACAACUUAAGAAGGCAGAGGAGAUGUAUCAGCGGGCCCUGCAAGGCUUUAAGAAAGCAUGGGGGCUAGAGCACACAUCAAC